AUGGAGAAAACGCUCAAGAUAAGCAACGCAUGGAAAGAACUGGAGGAAUCCCGAAGAGAAGGAGAAGAGAAGGAUCGUAAAAUUGAAGAGCUCAACAACAAUAUCUUCUGCUUCAUAAAGCAUUAUGAUGCAAUUGCCAAGCUUUGUAUGGAACUGCAGGCAUCAGAUGGGCAAAACGGAUUCGAGGGAUUCCUGAAAGCGAUGGAAAAUGUGCAACAUUUGAAAGGCAAGGAGCUUUUUGACUUGAAAAAAACUGUGAAUCAACAUAAAUUCACAAUCAAAACACUGGAAGGACAUUUGGAAAAGAAAGAAGAUUAA